UUUAGGGCAGAUUGAUUAGUCAAGGGUCAAAUACCCUAAACUGAAAAAAGAAUGAUGUGUAUUCUAAACUAGUGUGCUCUAAAGAUCCUAGAAAAAUUGACAGUUCAGGAGAUUCUUGAAUGAUAACUUCCACGGAACAUUAUUUAAAAAAGGAGGAGGGUUGUUUUAUUUCUCUCAUGUAAUAAAACAUCUUCUUUGGGAAAUCCAAUGAUUAAAUUAUAAAAGUUAUAUCUUCAUUAGAAAAAUAGGAUAUUAAUUUUUUUAAUAUUGGAUAAAACUGGUAUAUGUAGAUUGCAAUGAACCAUAACAUUUAUCACAUGAAAAAUAACAUUAGGGCUAUUCUAUAUUUAUCACAUGAUAAUAACAUAAGGGCUAUUCUAUAUUUAUCACAUGAAAAUAACAUUAGGGCUAUUCUUUUUUUUAUCACAUAUUUAUCGCAUGAAAAUAACAUUACGGCUAUUCUAUAUUUAUCACAUGAAAAUAACAUUAGGGCUGUUCUAUAUUUAUCACAUGAAAAUAACAUUAGGGCUAUUCUAUAUUUAUCACAUGAAAAUAACAUCAGGGCUAUUCUAUAUUUAGCACAUGAUAAUAACAUCAGGGCUAUUCUUUUUUUAUCACAUAUUUAUCGCAUGAAAAUAACAUCAGGGCUAUUCUAUAUUUAUCACAUAAAAAUAACAUUAGGGCUAUUCUAUAUUUAUCACAUGAAAAUAACAUUAGGGCUAUUCUAUAUUUAUCACAUGAAAAUAACAUUAGGGCUAUUCUAUAUUUAUCACAUGAAAAUAACAUUAGGGCUAUUCUAUAUUUAUCACAUGAAAAUAACAUUAGGGCUAUUCUAUAUUUAUCACAUGAAAAUAACAUUAGGGCUAUUCUAUAUUUAUCACAUGAUAAUGACAUUAGGGCUAUUCUAUAUUUAUCACAUGAAAAUAACAUCAGGGCUAUUCUACAAUUAUCGUACCUGCAGUAAUAUUUUAAAUGUUUGUAAGUAUUUUGAAUUUAAAAAAUAAGCAAUCAAAUGACAAAAUUGAAACAGUAAAUGUAGAAAUAGAAACAUUUAUAUUUAUCCUAACUUUUGUAUAGUUUAGUUUGUUUUGUAGUUUAGCUAUCAUAUCUGCAGAUCUGUGGCCUCUUAUAUUUUGAUGCUUCUCUGCCAUGUUAUUUUCGGAAAAAUUAACAUGGCUGAAACUCCCUAAAUUACAAAAGGCCACAGCUUUGCUGCACAUUAUACAUUAUUAUCUGAAAUAUACAAAAGUUAGGAUAAAUAUAAAUGUUUCUAUUUCGACGGCCAUCUUGCAUUCUGGUGGCCAUCUUGGAAGUUUUUAGUUAAAUCUUGUUAUCGCGAUUCCAGGAAAACUACUUGACGGAUUUCCUUCAAAUCUUCACACAUAUUACAAGAUAGGAAGUUCUAGAGCUGCUAACUUUUUAGGCGCCCAUAUUGCAUUCUAGUGGCCAACUUGGAUGUUUUUAGAUUAACGUUUCACACAGAUUAACGGAUUUACUUCAAAUGUUUACACAUGUUACAUGGUAAGAAGUGACAGAACUGCUUAACUCUUUGGUGGCCAUCUUGCUUUCUGGCCCACCAAGCUGCAAUGUUUAAGGUACGAUAUUGUUCACCUUGUGCCUUGUUCCUUUUACGUAUAGCCCAAUUAAAAAAAAUGCAAUCGGAUAUCCAAUGUUAAACAGUAACUGAAUUUCUAACAUUGGAUUUCCCUGUCGAAUUUUCUAAUUCCACAUGAAAAGAAACAAUGUCAUAACCAUACCACUCAACCAAAUUGUAUUAUGAGACAUGAAAUUAAUAAAAGCAUCUCUGACG